UCAUUCUCCUGCUGAAGUCAGAUAAACGUGAGGCACGGCAUAGUUUCCAGUUUGCCGUGAAUUUGUUUUCAGUCUUCAGAAAACAAGCCGCUUGCUUUCGUUGGUAGAGUCACAGGGGCCUAGAGAUUCAACAAAGUAGUGAGAUAGUGAGACACUAAGAAAUCGGCGUCUAGUACAUCAUGAGGGAAAGAGUUUUGCUUGCAUUACUUGUGCUUGUUUUUCAAUACGUGACAGGUCAAAAUACCAUAGGCAGCGUUAUUUGCAAAUCCAAUCACACCGUGAGUAUCAGUAUCAGCAACGUUGAAGAUCUAAACACUUGGAACGAAACUCAGUGGGCAAUACAGCAAAAAGCUGAAUGUCAGCCAACAUUUAGCGGAAGCGAUGUCAUCUUCUCAGACCUUGUGCUACCAGACUGCUCCUUGACUGCAGAGCAGCUCUCCGGUAGCAUAAGAUACACAAUUGAAAUCAAAGCUGAACAGGUCGCCCCAGGAGAUACAGGGCAGCUGCGUGUGUAUGACCACCUGUACUUAGUGUUCUGUGACUAUGACAAUGAAGAUAGAGCAACAGCAUCCUUCGUACCAGUUAAGAACCGGGUAGCAAAUGACUCAAGCGGAGGAAAUUUCACGUUUACUCUCAAAGUUUACAAUGAUCCCGCUCAUACUACUAAUGUACUCAAUCCAGUUGCAUUGGAUCAAACUUUGUACUUCGAGGUUACGGUCGAAACUCAGAGUGUGGCACCCAAUCUUGACCUGUUUCUUAAAGAAUGUUGGUCAUCACAGAGCAACGAUGCACAGUCUACAGUCGGAAAAUUCAAACUCAUAGAGAAAGGGUAAGAAUUUCACUCUUGAACUAAUUAU